GUCGCAUUCUAUUGAAUCAUAAUUUAUUUAUAAAUAAUUUCCGUAUAUAGAAAGUACUCUUUGUAUUGAAUCAACGUGAAUCUAUCUAUUCAAAUAUUAGUAAUCUGUGAGACAGACAAAGUAGAGUAAUAUUAUUCUGUGGACAAAGUGAGAUCGUUUUUCAUUAUGGGCAACAUUUAUCAUCUGCGAUGAAAGAAAUCUGGAAAUAAAUUUUCAGAUUUUUGUUUUUAUUGUGAAAGUAAUUGUUUUCCCAGUUUUCUUCUCAAAAAUAUAUACGAAUUCUUAUUGGUUAUUGUUCUCAUAAAAAGAGAACACCGGACAUUUUUUUGUUUGUUUUGAUAUUUUCUGAAGGCGACGAUGAUCACGCUGGAUUGAACUGAUGAAUGUCAUCAUUAAAUUUUUUCAUGCUGAGAAAUUUGGAUGCUUUAAACUGUUGUGAUGAGCUUGUUGAAAACCGAAGGUACAUUCAGGUUUUGUUUUGUGAAUUUUAAUCGUUCUUCGUGCCGAGGGUUCACACUGAAGAUUCCUUUGUGGAGUGUCGCUGGAUGAUUUAACAUUUUCGAAAGAGUGAAGACAUUAGUAACUGGUGAUCUUUGAUUGGAAAUGAGCUCGCCACCACCUGUGCAGUUGGAAGUCGAAGUUGGUGAUGAGUCCAUGGAAGAGGAUGCACCAGAAAUGAUACCCUCUGACAGGUUCACACUGCCGGCGCGCGCUGAGGCCGUGGUGGAGUUAUGGCGGAUGAAGCUCGCGGAGGGGGUGUUGUCGCCCUCACACUUCCAGGACCACUGGCGGGUCACAGUGCCGAAGAUAUAUUCGCCGCAGCCCAACAGGACUUGUUUAGAUUGGUCUUUCGACGAAGAGUUGGCUGCUAAACUACUCAUUCACCCCUUGGAGCAGUUCGUGUGGGGCUCCAGUGAUGGCUCUAUGCCUGCCCCCCGUCGCUCCACCCUCUGCGGCCGCGUGUUUAAGCAGGGCGAGCCCGCGUACAGUUGUCGCGAGUGUGGUAUGGACAAUACGUGCGUUCUGUGCGUGGAAUGCUUCAAAGUGUCAGCUCAUAGACACCACAAAUACAAGAUGGGCCAAUCGGGUGGCGGCGGAUGCUGCGACUGCGGUGAUACAGAAGCCUGGAAGAGGGAUCCCUUCUGUGAACUGCACGCGGCCCCGGCUGGUGAUGAGCAAGCACAACAGUCCAACAUAAGUCCAGAAGUGGUGGAACGUAUGAAGAUCGUUGCGUCUGUCGUUUUGUCAUACUGUUUACGACUGCUCACUCACGAUCAUGCGCCCAGCUUACCCAAUGAUCUCAGGCUAAAGGACACGGAAAAAGAUCUCCUACAAAUAUUGGAUUCGCCAGACUGUUAUUGUACAGUUCUGUACAACGACGAAACGCAUACAUUUGAACAAGUUAUCUCGACGUUGACGCGGGUGAUGAAAUGCAAUCACCGCGACUCCGUAGAACUGGUCACUUUAAUAGACAGAGAGGGAAGAGCACUGGUCAAAUGUAACUCCUUCCAGGUGUGCGACAAACUCAAGACGGACAUCGAACAGUUCACGUCGCGACACGGGCCCAGUCUGAAGGUGCUCGUCAUGCACGCGCACGUGAUCGCGCACCAGAUGUACGCCAUGAAGCUGCUCGCUUGGUUGCAAAACUUUGUGAGCCAAGAGCCGAGUCUCCGGUUAGCCGUGAGUCAAGUGGCCCUAGGUGAAGCCACUUGGGGGUCUAGUGGGGCAGUCGCGUUAGGAAGCGGUGGAGUAGCUGGUGCAGUGAUGCAAAACGACUCGCGAAUGUGGAAGGCAGCGAGGACUGCUUGGCAUCGUCUGCUAAUAGCCACUACUCUCAUGGAUUAUUCCACCAAGAGGACUAUGGCUAUACUGUUCACUAAGAACUAUGCGUCCAUACUCAAGGACUUUAUCCGCGACGACCACGACCACUCGUUCUCGAUAUCGUCGCUGUCCGUACAGCUGUAUACGACACCAACUCUUGCGCACCAUCUCAUUGGACUACACGACGCUCUAUUCGUCGUCAUGAACACGUUCGUCAGCGAAUGUAACCGCCGAUGCAACAAUAAGGGUCGGCUGGAAUUCGACCGUAACCAAGUAUCGAUGGGUUUCAAACGCGCCCAGUUCAUAUUGUAUGACGUGAAGUACCUGCUGAGUUCGGUGCCGAGCAACUUUGAUGACGACUUGCGGAAGGGAUUCCUUCACGGGUUGUCGCUCAUGCUCAACCUUCUGGUCAUGAUGCAGGGCAUGGACUCGGUUGUUAGACAGGUCGGCCAACACAUGGAAUACGAGCCCGAAUGGGAGUCCGCAUUCAAUCUCCACGUGAAAUUGGCUCACAGCAUCACUUUAUCACUGGAGUGGUGUUCCGCAGAACGAGCUCUAGCCACCUCCGCCUAUAGGAUGGCUUUAAGGCGCCACGCUGACACUUAUACGCACCCGCCUAAAGUUGUCAGGGAGUUAGGCAACCAGAGUGCUUCAGUGAUCCCGUACGAUGUCAGCGUUGAACCGGUAUCAAUUCACCGGCCCCUGUCGCGGUUCAUAGCGGGACUGCAUCUGCAGCUGCAGCGCCAUGGGCUGAAUUACCACAGCAAGGAGUUCGACAGGCCGGAUAAGCCGAAGCCCACGCCUGAGGAACUUAUAGAACCUGUACUGCAAACCAUGGCGAUGAUAGCUCAAGUCCACGCCGGCAUGUGGCGCCGCAACGGGUUCGCGCUGCUCAACCAACUGUUCUUCUACCACAACGUCAAGUGCCGCGCGGAAAUGUUGGAUCGCGACGUGCUGAUGUUGCAGAUUGGCGCUUCCUUAAUCGAAAGCAACGAGUUCAUAAUCCACGUGUUGAACAAGUUUAACUUGCUGGAAUGGGCCAGUGCAGACUUCGAGAAGCGAGGACUGGAAGACGACCAGCUCCGCUACACUAUAAGCAUGGUGGAAGAGUUUCUGGGACUGCUUAUCACAGUGGUGGGGUCACGGUGGGUGCCCGGCGUGGGCCAGGUGUCCAGCGAGGAUCGCACCAAGAAGGAGAUCAUACAGAUGCUGUGCGUCAAACCGAUGCCGCAUUCAGAGCUGAAUAGGUCCCUUCCCGAGGAUCAAUUGCACGAAACAGGCUUGGAAGGGGUAAUCCACGAGGUAGCAGACUUCAUAAAACCGACGGGCGGCAACAACCGUGGCGUUUACAAACUGAAGCCGCAUCUGUACGACGAAUACGACACGUUCUUCUACCAUUAUACGAGAGAAGAACUGUCCAGGAGCGAGGAAGAGCAGAGGAAUAGAAGGAAAGCGGCUGGGCUCCAAGAAUGCUGUCCGCCGCCAUCGCUGCCGCAGCUGACUCAGUCCUUCCGCUUACUGGCAAGCCUGCUUCAAUGCGACGCAGCUUUGCAUGUGCUAAGGACUGUUCUAGAAAGGGCAGUCGAUUUGCGGGCCAGAUCCUUCUCGGAGACGCAAGUUCAUAAGGCGCUCCACUUAAUAGGCUAUGCACUACGUGACGAAGAGAGUGGUCACUAUGAAUUCCUCGCAUUCGCCGAAAGUGCGGCCCGAAGCGGUCUGCUGACACUACUGCAGAAGUUAGCCAACAGUCCACGCGUGGACGCCCACAAACAACUUGCCAAGUGGACUGUCGCAAAAAUGAGGUCGAUGAUAACAUCACCACAGAGCGAUGAUAACAUCGGCGAAGGAGAAAGCAUGGAGGCCGAUGAGGAGGAGAAACCGGCAUCAGACGAGUCAGCAGAAGCUGAGAAAAACCGUCGGGCAAAACUGGCGGCAGCGCGACGUGCUAAACUUAUGGCCCAGAUGAAAUCACAGAUGAACAACUUUAUUGCCAACAAUGCUACGCUAUUCGAGGAGACCGCAACGGAGGUGGCUUCAGACGGCGGCGGUCAACAAGAACUACGAGCUUUGUACUGUGGUGCAGCUCUAGGAGUCUGGGGAGGGGGGGUGCCCGACCCCCCUAGAGUGUGCAUCAUGUGUCAGGAAGAGGCUCGCGUAGAAGCAACAGGCGUCCCCAUGGUGCUUGUAGCGUUCGUGCAACACUCUAGCGUACACAAUCGCCUACGGGAAUCACAACCUGACACUCUUACGGGAGUAGAAAAUCAGUCUCGCGCGGCGCAUCUCCCCGCCGGCGUGGGCAUUCAGCCCCACGUGUCUUCUUGUGGGCACGCGUUACAUGCGAGAUGUUGGCGGAAAUAUGUCGACAACGUGCAGGAUAAGGAGAACCGCAGGCCAUACCGUCUUCGCCAACCCGCAGCUUUCGACGUAGAGAAGAAGGAAUACCUCUGCCCCCUCUGCGAACGUUUGUGCAACACCGCGUUACCUUUACUCCCCGCCCCUCCCCACCCCGCAGGCACUCCCCCCACCCUGUCCGAACAAGUCUACGCCGACUCAGUAGACUUGAUACUGAAGCUCAAACACCAAGUGUCUAGCGAAGCGGUCCAUAUUUGUACUGAAACAUGUGAGGAAAUGCAUUGCCAAGCUCGCGCGAGAAGCGUGGGCGCUAUGUCUUCGGAUAUGGAAGACGGUGAUUCUGCAGAUGAAUCAGAAGUUUAUGUGUCUACUCAUGCUGAAAAUCUGCUGAAGCAAGACUUCUUGGUACACUUUGAGGGGGAUGUUCUGGUGUACAAUGAACAGACCAAGUCGCUGAUUGAGAGUUUCGCAAGUAUAAUGCCACCGAUCUGCGGCCUAGCCGACUCUGGUGGUAUGACGGCCAUCGGUGCUUUAUACCGGGCCACAGCUUACACAGUACUCAGUACCAACGCAGUAUUACAAGCCGAGAAACGGCCUUUACUAGGAGAUCUCCCGGCGAGGCAUAGGGACGCACUUCAAGUGCUUAUACGAUUAGUCGCAGCCGUUCCUAGUAUAUGGCAAGCGCCAAAACACUUAGCCCACCAUGCCCUAUCUACCCUAAACACUCUAGAAACGACAUCUCCCUUGACCCAUGAACCUUUUGGCACUUUAAUAUCCCUAGUUUUAACAAUCCCUUCACUAUUCUGUAAAACAGCCGGCCCCGCAAGACCUAACCAUUUAGUAAGGAUAUUGACAAUCCAAGCGUUACGCGCCCAUAUUACUAGAGCACUACUGCUCAUGGACUUUUCAUCCUGCAGAGGAGAGCCAAUGGAAGGUCAAGAAGACUUCAAAAAGUCGGAAGAUUUAAAUAACUUACUACCUUUGAUAAAAGAUUUGCGUAAAGGCGUUUUUGAUGACAAUGUGAACGCGUCAGAAGUUUGGGCAGCUAUAAAGAAACAAUGCUACGGCUUUUUGAGAUGCUGCUGUCUGUUUUACCACUUUUUGAGCGAUAUUAUACCGCCUACGGAAUUGACUGUGUACGGAGGAGAUACUUGGGAGACUAUGUGCGGGUACCUAGAUAUGCCGGCGAGUUUCAAGGAUUUAUUAGAUACACAGGUAGCUAGGAAGAAGAUUUUCGAAUGGGCCAGUAUGCCGGCUGAAUGGUUGCCCCCUCAAGUGGUUUUGGAACCGACUGAUCCGCCCAAACUGGUGCCGUUGCCUGAAGAUUUCUCGGAGCUGAUGAAUGUGGUUUCGGAGUUCUCUUGCCCGAAUUCUGAGAGGGAUGAUAGCAAGUAUCCGGCCAUGUGUCUGGUGUGCGGCAAAAUACUCUGCAGUCAGAGUUACUGCUGCCAAACCGAAAUCAAAAAGUCGGGCCGCAGCGGUGUGACCGAGCACGUAGGCGCCGGUGUAGCUCACGCGCUACAGUGCGGCGCGGGCGCGGGCGUGUUCCUGCGCGUGCGAGACUGCGAGCUGAUGCUGCUGUGCGCCCCCGCACGCGGCGCCAUGCUGCCCGCGCCCUACCUCGACUCGUACGGGGAGACGGACCAGGGUCUAAGGCGCGGCAACCCCCUCCACCUGUGCCCUGAACGAUACGAGAAGCUUCGCAUCCUGUGGCUAAGUCAUGGACUGCACGAACGAAUCGCCAGAGCUUUGGACAACAAUAUGCUCAUCACUGCCUCAUGGCAGAACAUGUGAAGCAAUACGGCACUUAUGCCGACCACGUAACGUCUCAACUCGUUUGCAACGUGCAACGUGCAUCGCUAGUGAAUUAUCCUGUUUAAUCUACGUAUUUUAUCGACAUUUAUGAUGGGCACCUAAGAUAAUAUCGUAGUUUUGUUUUUGUCUUUUAUAACUCGCAUUAUUAUGUGCAUUCUAUUAAAGAUGUUUUCAAUUGAUUUCGUUCGUUAUAACGAGUCUUUGAUUUAAUAAGAGGUCGUCUGGGGUAUAUGUCCACCCCAUUUAUAUUUCGUGAUUUUUUUGACGUGAUUUAGGAAAGAUGCAUUCAAGCAAUAUUUAAAAAAAAAAUGGUUGUGUGUAACAGAGAGACCAGAGUCAAACGCAACGAGUCCAACCUCAAACUUAUUACAAGUCAAAACAAAUACAGAAAUGGUCAAAUAAUAAAAAAAACUAUUGUCGCUUUACGGGCUUCAGAUUUUUAUAAUACUUUACUUGCAUUAUAUCUUAAAUGUAAUAUUUUAGUUCUCUUGGUUUGUAAAAUAAUAAGGUGUUCCAAAAAAAACAUAAUACGAAAUGUUUAUAUUUAUUUUUUGUUUAUAUAUCAAAUUUAUUUACGCCACUUAAAUAUUUUUACAAUGAAUCUAUUUUGAUUUAGUAUCAAAUGGAAAAUGAAUUCUCCGUUAAGACAGUGGAGGAAUAAUUAAAUAUUAUUGUUUAUAAAAUCAAGCCCGACAUUGCCUUACACCGAUUUUAAAUGCUGUGGUUAGCACUGCCAUAAUAGCCAUAAUUAAAUAAAAUCAUUAUACACUCGUAAAUGGUUGUGCUGUUAACAUUACAUUAAUUGGAUACACCAAGAGAUACAGUUAUUAUUCAAUUAAUAAUAAAAUAAAUUUGAUGUUUUUGCUAACUGAGAUAUAUUAAGUAAUAUAUUGUAUUUAAUAUAAUAUAUACUAAAUUUGAUCCUAUUAUUGUGUAUGACGGCAUGUUAAUAAGCAAGAUGAAAUUACUGCCGUUAGAAAAUAUAAGGUAGAUUUUCAGAUUGUGAUAGAUUUGUUUGAUUUUUUUUCAUUUGAUAUUUUUUGGAGGUUUGUUUCAACAUUGUUAGAAGGUUUAAAAAUAAUGUUUUAUGUUUUUUCCGUAAAAUACCGUUGUUCAUAAAUAACACGACACGAAGGUUUUAUUUUAAAUAUUUUUCCAGGUUUUUUUCAUUAAGGAACAUCUAACAAAUCCUAUAUAUGUAUGAAUUUAAAACUUACGAUUUGAUUAAAAAGUCAGACAGUUUUAUAUUUGUAUUAUAUAUUUUAUUUGUUUCGAUAAUAAUCCCCAUAAUAUAUUAUUAAUAAUACAAAUUAUUUGUAGAAUAAAAAUAAGAACAUUUAACAUUUUAAUAUACUGUUUACUAUUAAAAAUUUAGUAAUUAAUAAUUAAAAAUAACUUUACAGAUACUACUAUAAAGUAAUUUCAAAAUAUUACAUAAACUGCCUAAUUAUCAUUGAGCCAAAUCGCCACCGGCUGUUAUAUAGCACAAAGAUCUAAUAAAUUUUUAUUGAGACUAGAUAUUAUAGUCCGCCUGUAAUAACUAAAAUUUUCUCUAAAUAUAUGUGAAGAGCACUGUUUUCUAAACUUAUUCUGAGAAAAGUGCAUCUUUCAACGAGUGAAUACAUGAAUGACACGUCCUAGAAAAAAAUAAUAUAUGAUAUAAUAAUAUGGAAGAGAGGAAAUGGCUGUGUUUACGUCUAUGAAAUGAAAUAUAAUUAAUGACAUUAAGUAUAGAAAAGUGGGCGUAGUUUAAAAAUUUCGACGCACUAUCUAAAUUUAAACAAUACAGCCAGUAACUGAAAAUCUUACCCUAGAUAUCAAUCACGCCAAUAAGACGAUUUAUCGGAAGUAACGGAUGUUUGUAGAUAUUAAUGAUACAAUUGGCUGGCUUAUUCUAGGUUAAGCAGUUUAUUUCUAAAAAAAUAGUAGAAUUAAAAAAUAAACGUGCACAGAUAAUGUGCCCUGUAUUAUAUGUUUUUGUUUUCCGUUCGCGCGAUACUAAAAAUACAUAGAUAUAUAUUAAGUAAGGACUUUAAAACAAAUCUAAAAUAUCAUGAAUUAAAUUAAUUUUUUUUGAAAGGCUACUACAAAGUUUCACAUUUGAGUAUAAAAAUAUAAAACCAUAUUUAUGAAUCAUCAAGUCCUUUCUUAAACUUUAAUAACGUUUUUUGUCAAAUUUACUGAUAAUAUACAGGGUGGCUGGAAUGUUCCGGCCACCUGUAUGUUCAUAUAAAAUCUACAUAAGGCUAUAAAGAGCUUAUACAUGUUUUACUAUAGGUAAUUGUGUUUUGUGCAAUCUGUAAGUAACAUUUUCUUUUUCAUCCUCUGAUGUGUGUUGUUUUAUUAUUGUGCUUAGUUGAUUAUGGUUAUAAUUAAAACGAAUCUUUAAAAAGUA